CGCGUCUGCCACCCCCGACCUGAUCCCGGCCCGCUCCUCUUGCCCCAGCGUCCGCGGCACCCCCAGAUCCAGCGCGAUGCGCGGCCCUGGCGGUGGGGCCUGGGCGACGACUGCCCCCUGGCCCGCGAGUCCGGGCCCCUAGCGCCCAGCGCAGCCGCCCUGCAUCGGGGAGGGCCGUGGGGGCCCCCGGCCUUGGCUGGCGCAAGAGCCCUGUUGGAGGGGUCUGCCCAGCGCCCCCCUCGCGGCCCACCAUGCUCCUGCUGUGGCGGCGCAGGGCGCUCCUCUCCGUCUAUUGCCCGCAGAUCUUUCUCCUCCUGUCCAGCGGCAGCUACCUAGCACUGUCGUCCGUGGUGGCCCUGGGAGCCAACAUCAUAUGCAACAAGAUUCCUGGCCUGGCCCCGCGGCAGCGCGCCAUCUGCCAGAGCCGGCCCGAUGCCAUCAUCGUGAUAGGGGAGGGGGCACAGAUGGGCAUCAACGAGUGCCAGUACCAGUUCCGCUUUGGCCGCUGGAACUGCUCCGCCCUUGGCGAGAAGACUGUCUUUGGGCAAGAGCUCCGAGUAGGGAGCCGCGAGGCCGCCUUCACCUACGCCAUCACUGCGGCCGGCGUGGCGCAUGCUGUCACGGCAGCCUGCAGCCAGGGUAACCUGAGCAACUGCGGCUGCGACCGGGAGAAGCAGGGCUACUACAACCAGGCCGAGGGCUGGAAGUGGGGUGGCUGCUCCGCUGACGUGCGCUACGGCAUUGACUUCUCCCGCCGCUUUGUGGACGCCCGCGAAAUCAAGAAGAACGCGCGGAGGCUCAUGAACCUGCACAACAACGAGGCCGGCCGCAAGGUCCUGGAGGGCCGCAUGAAGCUGGAGUGCAAGUGCCACGGCGUGUCGGGCUCGUGCACCACCAAGACGUGCUGGACCACGCUGCCCAAGUUCCGCGAGGUGGGCCACCUGCUGAAGGAGAAGUACAGCGCAGCGGUGCAGGUGGAGGUGGUGCGGGCCAGCCGGCUGCGGCAGCCCACCUUCCUGCGCAUCAAGCAGCUGCGCAGCUACCAGAAGCCCAUGGAGACGGACCUGGUAUACAUCGAGAAGUCACCCAACUACUGUGAGGAGGACGCGGCGACGGGCAGCGUGGGCACGCAGGGCCGGCUGUGCAACCGCACCUCGCCGGGCGCCGACGGCUGCGACACCAUGUGCUGUGGCCGCGGCUACAACACGCACCAGUACACGAAGGUCUGGCAGUGCAACUGCAAGUUCCACUGGUGCUGCUACGUGAAGUGCAACACCUGCAGCGAGCGCACCGAGGUCUUCACCUGCAAGUGAGGGUGCUGGCACGCAGCACGCGCCCACGGCCCCUGGCGUCCCGGGUCCACGGCCCGGGGUCCGACGGGAGCCGGCAGCGAACCCUGAGGGUGCCCCCGUGCCUGGGCCACAGACUCCGAGGGUCCCCU